ACAUCGCGACACUGAGACAGAAACAAACGGGUAACAUGUCCUCCCCCAGGCUGGGCGUGGUGAGAGACUCCAUGCUGACCAACCCGCUGCACAUCAAGGCCUCUCUGGGUCGGUCCCUCUCCAGAGGGUUCUCAGUUCCGGGUCCAGAUUUCACUUUUGGGAUGAGAAGCAGCUUGAGGGAAGAGGGCGUGGCCGAAAUCCUCUCCAGCUGGAGCGUGCAGAGGCGAGCAGACUCCGCCCCCGCGCAGCCGAGCGCUCCGGACUUUUUGUCUCUGAACCAAGACGCCGUGCGCUCAGGCAUCGUGACGUCCAAAGAGCUGAGCCAAUACCGCGCUCAGAGGGGCGGAGCCAAGAGCCACCCCCCCAGACCACAGAGGGGCGGGGCUUCACGGCGCCCGGUGGUGCCCGACAUCACCUUUGGAGUCCCGACCAGCAGGGCGGAGUCUCCCAUCGCUGACCUCCUCUCUCACCAGUAUGCUCGCCGCUGGGUGGACCAGCGGCUGAGCAGGGAUCAAACCGACAACCAGCAGCAGCAGAGGAUCAAAGCAGAGCGUAUCCAGGACACCCGGACCAGUCAGAUGAGGAGGAGCAGAGCGCUGCCCGUCUUAGCCCCCCCACACACACUGCGUCCCCUCCCACAGGUGGCUCCGGCUCUCGACACCUUCAGGGACCCUGACGCUCGUCUGCGGGCCCUCAGGGCUCAUCGGGCCCAGAGAGGCGUUCAGGGUCUGCAAUGACCAGAGGGGGGGGGGGCAAUCGUACACAAAUAAAAAGGCUGCUUAAA